GCUUGCGCGUGGUUCGAUUGUUCUCGUUCCACCAUCAAGUUUGUGGUAUUUUUGGACUUCGUAUUGUUGGGCUUAUUGACGGAAUUAGCCGGGUUGGAUAACGAUAACUAUUUUAAUGCUCACCAGCGGGUCCUCCUGCUAGUUGGAUACGAUGACAGAUUACGGGGAUAAUGCAUUAUCUGUAGGCUUCAGUGAUGAUGAUAUUAGUCAUAGUUUGAAGAAAAACAUUUCAAAUCACGUUAAUACAGGAAUAAAUGCAAGUUUCGUCACGAAGACUGCUAGUAACUCAGACCACCACGGGAAUAAGCAAGGCGGUGCGCUUCAACAGUUAUCCAACCUCUUGGGUCAAACUAUGAGGCUAGAAAAUGUGGCUGACUUAAAAGAGGUACUCAAGUCAGUUGGUACCAGUUGUCAGCGUAGCCUUCCAACGAUUCCGAUAAAUGACCUUCGAGGUGAGGAAGCGGCUGCAUAUCAUCGGGAAGACUGUGUAUUGAGGCGCAGUCUAGCAGCACUAUAUCGUUUGAUAGAUAUGCGAGGUUGGACCCAUUCAAUAUAUAAUCAUAUAUCCGCCAGGUGCACGACUAAUCCAAACCAUUUUCUCAUCAAUCCGUUUGGUCUAUUAUAUCAUGAAAUUCAGGCAUCUAGCUUGGUGAAAAUUGAUGCCAACGGUAAUAUAGUUGAUCAAGGUAGUUCAGUGUUGGGUGUAAAUAAGGCUGGAUGGACACUUCAUUCUGCAUUGCAUUCAACUCGUAAAGAUGUGAAUUGUAUUAUUCAUGUUCAUUUGCCGGAUGUGAUAGCGGUUUCUUGUCUUCGUGCUGGUUUGUUACCAGUAAGUCCAGAAGCUAUCGAAUUGAUUUCAAAUCAUGGUAUCCGGUAUCAUGAAUACCGAGGUAUCUUGGUUGAUGAUGCAGAGCGUUCUAGCAUUGAAAAGGAUUUGGGGCCUAAAGCAAAAGUGUUGUUUUUGCGAAAUCAUGGUGUGGCAGUUGCUGCUGCUAGCAUUCCUGAAGCUUGGUAUCUUGUUAAACGAGUAAUAGCCGCUUGUCAAACCCAGAUGCGUUUGAUGCAACUAAGCGAUGCUGCUAGGUUAUUGUCUGAUUUAAAGGAAAGUGCUACGCAGUUAGGAGAUGGUCGAGAUGUUGAUCAUGUGGAAGAAACAGAAUUGAACACUGUAGAUCAUCAAGGGAAAAGCGAUUCUGGGAUGCUGAACGGUAAAACAAGUAGUGAUAACGGAGAUAUUUCAUGGACUCCUGAAGAACUUGAAUUUGAAGCGGAAAUGCGUGUUUUGGAUAGUGCAGGCUUUCGAACUGGUCAUGUUUAUCGGCAACCUAAUUUAUUACGACGUUCACAUUUAGGUUCAACUUGGACAGGAGAUACAUAUGGUGAUCAGACUACAGGAGCAGAUCUAUUGACAACUGACUUCUCGACCAAUGAGUUCAGUGGAGUGGAAGAUAUAGCUGCAGCUGAAGCAGCAGGUGCUGAGCAAGUGGCAAGAAUCGUUGAUCAUGUUCGAGCCAGUCGUCAAAAAAAUGUACAGCGAAGUCAGUGGUUGGCGAAAAAUGAUGAACCAUCGCAUAAUGGGAUAGUCACAAGUUCUAUGAUAAAACCAACCUGUGAAAUAUCAAAAGCAAUGAAUCCUAUCGAUUUUCAUCGUCCACAUCCUUUUGUUUCGGGAUCUCCUAUCUACACACCUGUCAGGCGAUCAGAAUCUGGCAGUACACCGACUGAUAUGGAAGGAGAUUUUCAUUCACCUGCUGCACAAAGUCUUCAUGGUGUUUCAGGUUACUCAAUCCACAAUGGUUCAGCUACUCCAUCGACCACAGCUACACCAUCAAAUAAUAUAACUCCGACUAAACGGUUUAACGACUCCUCUGUAAAUAAGAGUGCAACAUUACCCGCUAAUGUACAACACAUGACUGCUAUUUCUAAUUCGAGCACUCUACAAUCUGUUGACGGGGAUCUCUUGAAUACUAAUAAUGAGGUUAUUGUUGUCAUGUUUUAUUCUUAUUAUCUCUUGCAUGUAGGAAUUUAUGUUCACUUAUUUCUGUUGUGCUGCUGAACAGUGUUUUAUUACAAAGUAACAGUUUUAUGUGUAUAAUAAGUAGAGCAUGUUACAGAGCUCAUUUCAUUUCUUCCUUGUUGUCAUACUUCAAAUUUGUGUUUCACGAUACAGUUUUAUUAAAUGAUUAUGGCUUAGCUAAUUUGUUUUGACAGUUAGUUGAGGCCAACAAGCAGGUCAGAUCGUUGGCUUGUUACCUUGACAUGGUGGUCGGGCUUGCAUACCACAUUCACCCAACGAGCUAUGCUGGUGGGACACUUGUUCCUUCGAGGUCCUAUCAUGCCAGAAACAUCUUUUGGAUAGUGGUAAGAUGAAAAGCAGUUACCGUUCUAAUGUAAAUUGCUACACUAUGAUGGGGUCUGAGGGCGAAGUCGUCCUGCUGCUAGCUGGAUAGGGUGUGAUGGGAGUAAAGUGGUGUUUCCCUUAGGUGACUAACAGUGCUACACUGAAGCUGCCUUCUCAACGGAAGGGUGGGUUGGGGUAGAUGGUUAAAAAGGGUCGGCCCUUAAAAUAACACACCCCUCCCUGGUCCGCAGUCUCUCUACCUGGCGUUAGAACAACCGAACCUUGAAACAACAUUUCGUAAAAGGCUGUCACAAAUCCCAAGCAGAUGUCCAAUCGGCUCUUUUUCUCUUUCAAGUACCUUAAGAAGAAAUAUUCUUCCACGUUAUGGGUAACCGGGAAAUGUCAACAGUCCGCACGCUUUCAUCAGGUCAGAUAGAGAAACAGCCAAUAAGAAAUUAGAUGGAGUCGAUGAAACAAACGACCAAUUACUGACCAGUUCGUCAGGGCAACCCACUGAAUCACUCAUGGUGAGAUUUUGGGAUAGCUCACUUUAAUAUGAAUUCAAGUUAGUGCUGAUGAUGUUGUCUAGAUAGAUAAUGUGAAGGCUUCACGAUUAAACUCCCAUCCAGAGAAAACAACACAGACAAGGUCAACAAGCCUUUAGGCGUUCUUUGUAUAUUCAUGUACAACGGUCAGAGGUGGGGGACAAAUUUAGAUAUUUUUGAUUAUGAACACUGAGUAAACGCCUAUUUUUCUUGAUUUGUUGAUGGUGUUAUGGCCUUUUCUCACUUUUAGGGAAGUAAAACACUUGAGAAGAAAAUCAAAAAGAAAGGAAGUUUUCGAAUGCCAUCGUUUUCCAGAAAGAAAAAGCAUUAACACAAACUUACACGAUUUUGUCUCUAUGUACUUGUUUCCAGUUAAUUUUCAUGCACUAUUCUUCCUUCUCCUCCUCAAUAUUCUGUUUAUCUCAUCGUAACAGCUUACAUAAAAGUGGAACACUACCACCAACAGCAACAACUGAAUACUUUGAAAUUCUUUUGCUGGAUUAAAAAACCAAUUGUUAGACGAUUGUUUUCUAACUAUUUUCUGAUCUAUUACUCUUCUGUUUUUCCUCUUCGUGAUUGAUUGUUGGGAUUGACCUUCUUUCUGCUUACCCCCACCAUUUCUUUCUUGCCAGUCCACUGGUCACUUCAUAAGUCUGUACUAUUUUAUAAGGUUGUACUAUUUUUGCUCCUGUUGGCAUACGUGUGCGUGCGCGCAUGUGUGUGUGUGUGCGAUUCUGCCUUCACUUGGUUAAUAUUCUCUAUAUUCAAGGUUGGGGUACAUUUUUUUCAGCUGAUACUUAGCUUUAUUUUCAUUCUCUCUCUCUCUCUCUCAAACUAUCAAUAAUCAACAGACAAUUUUUAAUUACAAAGAUGUCUGCCUCCAAUUUCUAGGCAUCAUCAUAUACUCAGCUGGCAGGUGAAACUGACCAGUGGAUGUGAAGCGAGUAUUGAAGCACCUUAUUAUUGUAUGAUGACAGCCUUGUUGUUUUUUUCAAUUACGGUGGAACGUAGGAUCUUUUCUCUCUUCGUGUACGCGCACUUCUAAGUAUGAUGUAUGACGUUUUAGUUUUUUGGAGAUUCACAUUGUGAGUUUUUGAGACGGAAUAAACGUUAUUCUUCUUUAUUUAGUCUCUGUCUAUUGUGAAAAGAGAAGUAUUCCGGAGAAAUGUUUCUUUUCUCUAAUCCUCUCUUUCCUACCAGAUAUGCAUCAUUAUUAACGCUGAAGUAACAGUUUAUUUUCAUGGAGUAUUAACAUUAGCAUAUUCCACAUUUUAAAACUACCGAUUUUGUUUAUUUCCAUUGUAAGUUGUGUUGAGUCGUAGCUUUUAAUCUCCGCCCGGCCCCCAUCCUAUCUCAGACCUUAUUUUUUGCUUUCGUUGUUGUUGAUUUCACAUCUUGCCUCGACUUCUCUAUAAAAUUUUCAUCUAUUUCUGCUACCGCCUGAAGCUUCUUUAAUAUAAACUCGGUUAUUUGUUCAGCUUAUUAAAAAACAAACAUAGUUAUUGAAGUCUCUUUGUGUAUAUGUGUAACAGUGCGCCCAUUAAUCCUUCAUCUAUACUCAAACAAUGUUUUUGACGUUUCUUACCACUAUAAUAUGUUUCAACUAAUCUAUAAUUUUAGUCCAAUUAUAUUAAUAGACACUUCUGACGUUUUUUACAACUAGAUGUGUGCUUGUUAGUGGUUCAUGUUGUUUGCGGUGCUAUUUGUGAUUUGUAGUCGGAGUUUAUGUAUAAAUGUUCCAGUGUCUGACGUUGUUAAGCCUUCAACGUAUGUUAACAAGUGUCUUCUUUGGUCGUAGACCUCAAGCGU